GCCACCACGGCGAGAGCGGGCGGGCGGGCGGCGGCGGCGCGGGAGGAGGAGGAGAAGGAGGAGGACGGGGACGAGGAGAGUCAACGGCGGGCGGCACUGGUGGCGGUGGUGGUGGGGCCGGCACGGGCACAGCGGCGGCGGCGCCAUGAGGCCCGGGCAGGGGCACCGAGAUGUGCAGAGGAGUGAAUGCCCCAUGUUGUGUUAGUGCCUGUCUGCCAUGCUGGCCUGUCUGCCAGGACCAGGUGACCUCUCCUUUCAGCUUCUUUCUUACACGCAGAUGAACACUGGACUUCAGAAAUGGGACACUACACGGAAAAUGAGAUCUGCACAGUAUCCUACCCCAGCAGAAUUGGAUGCUUAUGCUAAGAAGGUCGCCAACAAUCCACUGACUAUAAAGAUUUUCCCAAACAGUGUCAAGGUUCCCCAGAGGAAACACAUUCGCCGUACUGUGAACGGACUCGAUACUUCGGGCCAGAGGUACAGUCCCUACCCGUCCCAGGCCACCACCAAGACAGGCCUGCUGGCCAUAGUCAAAUCUCCAGCGAAGGGAAUCGUCAAGGACUUUGACGGGACGCGCGCACGCCUGCUGCCGGAGGCAAUGAUGAACCCCCCUGCCACGCCGUACGUUGCACCUAGCACUUUAACCCACCCCCAGGCGCUCGCUCGCCAGCAGGCUCUCCAGCAUGCACAGACUUUGCCGCACCCCCAGAGCAUCCCGCAGCCACAGGCUCUGCAGCACCCUCAGGGGAUCCCACAGCCACAAAGCUUACCGCACCCUCAGGGGAUACCGCAGCCGCAGGCGCUGCCGCACCCUCAGAAUAUGCAGCAGCCGCAGGGCUUGCAGCAUCCUCAGACCAUGGCACACCAGACUCUGCAGCACCCCCCGAAUCCUUUGCUGCAGCCAGGUUUACAUGGAAGCAGAAAGAUGCCGGAUGCAGACGCGCCGCCGAAUGUGACCGUGUCUACCUCAACCAUUCCCCUCUCUAUGGCUGCCACCCUGCAGCAGAACCAGCCACCGGACCUGAGCAGCAUUGUGCACCAGAUUAACCAGUUCUGCCAGGCCAGAGCUGGCAUUAGCACUACCUCAGUGUGCGAGGGACAGAUUGCAAACCCCAGCCCUAUAAGUCGUAACCUGCUUAUCAAUGCAAGUACCAGGGUAUCUACUCACAAUGUCCCUACACCCAUGCCUUCCUGUGUAGUAAACCCUGUCGACCAUGCUGCUGCUGCUAUUCCUUCUGCCUCUGUUAACGUGCCCAUGGUGAAUAUCAACAGGGUGCCGCCCGCCUACCAGAACGAAAUCAAACCGGUCGCCUGGAACCAGCACCAGCUUGCACAUCUGCAGCAAAUGUGUGGGGAUGCUGGUGGGCCUGCUGGACUCGCAGGGAAGCACCCUCAGAGAGAGAUGGCAGGGCAGAGUUUCCCUGGCAAAACUUCUAACUACCCUCAAGAACUGUGCAUGGGCCAGUCCUUCAGCUUGAAGCCCCCCAUCGAGAAGCCCACACCUUCUCCACCUGUGAAUGGUUUGCAGGGACCCUUGCCAUACACCAACGGGCACUAUUUCCAACCCAUCUGGAAUAACAUUCUGCCCACACCCAACAGUGACAGCUCUGGGUCCCAGGACCUUGCCAUGCCUUUCCAUGGGGGACAGCCAGCAGGAGCACCACUAGAUUGUGCAGGAGGAACUCAUUACAGAGCUGGAGCUGGUCCAUCCAGCCAGAAUAAUGUGAUGCAGACCAUGGAUUACCUAAGUGGGGACUUCCAGCAGUCCUGCUUCAGAGAUCAGAGCAUGGCCGUGCUGGGAAAAGUCCAUCGGCCUCCCAUGAACCGUGCACCUGAACCAACCGAUAGUCGAAAUCUUCAUAUUCAACACCCAGGGUAUAGAUAGGCUGCAGUCACUUUCACAGACAAAAAAAACCACCACCAUAAAAAAAAUAUAGGUUUAGUCUUAAUUUUAAUUAAUAAGCAAGGCAUUUUUAACUUGCAAACUUGUGUGAUCAUUAUAGUAACCAUUGGAAGACGACAUCCUGUGUAUUGCAAAGCUUUGCUUACAUGUUAUCUGUCUCCUUUGUGCAUCAAAUAUUUAACAUGCCUUCUGUGUCAGAGAAUUUCAUUACACUACUUCACGCCACAGCUAUUUCCUCACCACAGAAUCCCCCCUUUGUGCAGCUUUUGCCUUCUGCUUCGUAGCUCCUUGCUGGACUGAUGUUGAGUUGCUGCAGGGUUUCGCAUCUGUUCGCCGGCUCUGUCAAGAGCGAGGUAGUGUAGCUGCUUACAUUUCCAUCUCAAUUUCCUCUGAAGAUUAAGAGCACCAGAAUUUGUCAGGAAGCAGGGCUUAUUUUCAACUCGAAAGCCCAUUUCAUUAAUGCAUUAAACAUUGACCAUUUGCACUGUCUAGAGGCCUAUUUAAUUGAAAAAGAAGCCUACGUCUGAGAAGAGCUAGCUGGGGGUAUGUGUUUAGGCAUUAAUAAGAGGGAAGCAUUUCAGCUGUUUCUUACUGAGAUGCCUGUGUUUAUCAUUUAGACUUUGUCCAAAGUCAAAAGGCUCUGGCAGAUUUUUCUGACACUUUUUUUUCUACCCCCCCCAAGCAGACAGGGUAUGGAGGAAGGGGAGAUUGGCAACUUAGGGGCAUAGGCAGUGUAGCUGCCACAGGGGGCGGCCUUUUUUCUGCAUCGUCUUUCACUUCCCCUCUCCUCUUUCAACAGCAUAAGAGCUAACUUUGCCUGGACCCCCUUGCUGCUAGGAGUCUGGCUGUCCUGAUGUGAAGGGAAUCCAGACCCACUGACAACUCCAAAAAGGGUUCAGCUGCUUCUCUCGUAGCUAAAAUUGAUUUCAUGGUGAGGAGGCCUAACUGGAGCUCAUCUGCAGUGCAGUAAGAGGGUGUGGGGGGGCAAGUAGCAGUGUCCUGCUGCGACAGUAGCACUGACAGGACACAGUUAACCUGAUGUGAAGCUCCUCUCACAAGCUGCUGUGGGGCAGAGGAUCCCGUAUUCCUCUCCAUCCAAACGCCACAGAUUGAACAGAGCAGAGCUAUUCAUAACAUCCUUUUUUUUCCCCAGGGUCUCGGUGCCUAAUUCCUGUUCCUUUCCCACGUCACUUCCAGCAGCUAGACAAGUCAGUGACCACAGGACACUAACCAUUGGGUGACCUCAGCA